AUGAGCACAUAUAUAUUUAAAUAUACAAAGACAUUGUGGGAUCAACCCAGAACUCUUCAAGUGUGUGUGAUUAUCACUUUUGAGGAGUGACUAUUCACCCCAAAUUGAUCCGUCCAAUCAUCUCUACCUAGGGUUUCUUCACCGGAAUUUCGAUUCAAUUUUUUGUCGGCAUCUCCUCGAUCGGCGAUGUUAGGUAUUGAGAUGAUGAAUGGCGUCAAAGUGUCGGACGAGAUGUUGGGGACAUUCGCGCCGAUAAUCGUCUACUGGCUGUAUUCGGGGAUUUACGUCUUGCUAGGCUCACUCGACGAUUACCGGCUGCACACGCGCAAGGAUGAAGAUGAGAAGAAUUUGGUGUCCAAGAGCGAUGUCGUCAAAGGCGUGCUCCUCCAGCAGGCGGUUCAGGCCGUCGUCGCCUCCCUUCUCUUCGCCAUUACUGGAAGCGACAGCGAUCCUGCGCACGCUCAGGUGACUUCCCUCAUUGUUCUUGCUCGGCAAUUCUUGGUUGGGAUGAUGGUGUUAGAUACCUGGCAGUACUUCAUGCACCGCUACAUGCACCAAAACAAGUUCUUGUACAAGCACAUCCAUUCUCAACAUCACCGGCUGGUUGUCCCUUAUGCGUUUGGAGCUCUGUACAACCACCCUAUUGAAGGCCUGCUUCUGGACACAGUAGGCGGUGCUCUAUCCUUCCUGGCAUCAGGCAUGUCUCCUCGAGCUUCCAUCUUCUUUUUUUCGUUUGCUACCCUCAAAACAGUCGAUGAUCACUGUGGGCUAUGGUUACCGGGCAAUCUCUUCCACCUUCUCUUUAGAAACAACUCUGCCUAUCACGAUAUCCACCACCAGCUCUACGGCAAUAAGUACAACUUUUCCCAGCCAUUCCUUGUGAUGUGGGAUAGGAUCCUCGGUACUUACAUGCCGUAUUCGCUUGAGAAGAAUGUCAACGGGGGCUUCGAAGCACGACCCUCAAAAGAAUACAAGGAAGACUGAUUUUAACAACAAUCACUUGCUGUAACAAUUUGUAUCACUACAGGUUUUGUUUAUUUUUUUGAAUUGUUACGCCGGCAUUGUUUAGUGAUUAUGUGCCGGCAUUGUGUAGUGAUUAUGAGUGCUCUUUAUAUUCGUACAUAUACAUAUUCGAUGUGCA